GCGGGAUGUAAACAAGGAAGUACAUGACAGUAGCGGGAGCAGCACCUGGUCUGUUUCUUAAUUUCUUAUAAUUAAACUGAAGUUUCUGCUUUUUAUGGCAUACUCUCUUCUAAAAAAUAAAACCGUAUAGAAUGGAUCGCAGGCAUAAAGAGACUCUUCAGCGGAAGCGGAUAGAGCUGGUGUCGAAGUUAGAGCCUUCAGAAGUCUACGAUGGACUUUUGUCAAGAGGCAUCUUUACUGAUGAUAUGAUAGAUGAGAUAAAGAGCUCUGGACCUAGACGUGAUCAAGCCAGGCAGCUGGUGAAGGACCUAGAGACAAGAGGAAGUCGGGCUUUCUCAGCCUUCCUGGAGUGCCUUCGGGAAACCGGACAACACACGCUGGCUGAUCUGUUGGAGAAUGGAGAUUCUGCUCCUGAACCUGCACCUGUUCCUGUCCCUACAAAUCCUACUAUAGUCCCUCUCCCUGUCCUUAAGCCUGUAGAUUUAAAAAAUCAAGAUGGAGGUGACACUCCUACGGUGAAGGAUAAGAAUCCGGUGAAACCAACAACGCUUCGUAUCGUAUCUACACGGGAUGAAACCCCUGAAAUCCUUAGACCACCUAGACCCAGGAGUGAUAGCAUACAGUCCUAUAGGAUGGAGGCCAGUCCUUGUGGAAUCUGUUUAAUCAUCAACAACGUGGAAUUUGACCCUAACUCAGAUCUGAAGAAUCGUGCAGGGUCUGACGUUGAUAGUGAAAAGCUGAAGAGCCGAUUUAAAUCUCUCAACUUUGAAGUUAUUGUUAAGAGGAAUGUAAAAUGUAAAUACAUAAAACAUGAGCUUUCGUUGCUAGCUAAAAAGGAUCACUCUGCAUAUGACUGCUGUGUGGUGGUCAUCUUGUCACAUGGCACAGAGGCCAGUCACAAUCGCUUCCCUGGAGCAGUGCAUGGUGUGGAUGGUUUCUCUGUCCCAGUUCAGGACAUCACUAACUACCUGAAUGGCCAGAAAUGUCCGUCUCUACAGGGCAAACCCAAGCUCUUCUUCAUCCAGGCUUGUGGAGGAAAUGAGAAAGACGUAGGCUUCGAGGUCUCUCCUGACGAGGUAACGCACACAGCAGUAAGGCUUGAUGAUCAUGUGGACGCCAUCCCCACGUCCUCCAGCAGCGACUCACUUAGCUUGUCUGAUGAGGUGGAUGCUCGGACGACCCUCCCCACACCAAGCGACAUGCUAGUGUCCUACUCAACUUUUCCAGGAUAUGUAUCAUGGAGGGACACAAACAAGGGCUCGUGGUAUGUGGAGACACUGGAUCGCAUACUGGAGAGCAAUGCUAACACUGAUGACCUGGCCACCAUGUUAAUAAUGGUGAACAAUGAAGUCUCUCAAAUAUCUGCCAAAGGCUUGUACAAACAGAUGCCUGGAUCUUUCAACUUUCUACGCAAGCUGGUCUACUUUCAGGUCCAGAAGACACGAGAUGUUAAUGAUCAGACGUGAACAUCAAGAUUGAGAUUGGGCACUAUCAGUUCCAUUUAACUGAAACAAACCUUAAUAAAUGUCAAUUUGCUUGACUUUUGAAUAACAGCCAAGAACUGUUGCACUACAGUAUAUCAACUAUGAACACAAAAAAUAUAAACAUGUGCACCAGCUAAUUCUGGGGUUAACUUUUGUUUUUAUAGGUAACCUUUUCAUAAUGAAUUUUAACUGACUGAAUUAAUUAAAAAAAACAUGAUAUAAAACAAAUAAGCAAAAAAAUUAAAUGUGUGAACAAUAAACACUUAGAUUAUGUAAACAAA